AUGGCGUCCAUUGAUUCUCUCCAAUUCCAUUCUCUCUGCAAUCCUCAGUCGUCGCUUGGAAGAUCCAAGCUCCUGAUUCCUUCAAGUUUCGUUGUGUUCAAACGGAGACCCAAAAAUCUGAACUGGUUUCAAGUCGAAACCAGCCGAAGGUUCGUGUGCAAAUCGAUUGGUGAUUCCUCGACUCCAGAUGAAGAAAUUCAGAAUACUCAGAAUGAUGACGAUGAUGUUGCCACGGCUCAGGGUGACGUUUCGCGUGAUUCAGAGAACUCAAUUUCGAGAUUCCGGAGUAUGAUUACCAACAUUUCCUGUGAUUCCGAGGGUUCAGUUUUGAGAUUCCGGAGUAUGAUUACCACACUUCCUCCUGUCAUCUUCGUGAUGAAAAAGUGCUCAGGGAACAGCAUUUGGAUCGGGAUCUGCAUCGCAGCUACUGUUUUGGUCGCUGCUAUUCGGGCUUACGUAAUAAGAAAGUCAAGAGAUGACCGUCCUGCUGGCUCUGUUGCUGAUCUUGUGAGACGAGGCCAGCUGAGAUCUGGUGAUAGAAGAGGCAUCUCAAAGACUCUUAACUACGAAGACCCAUUCAACAACCCUUUUGUUAAACUUGGUAAAGGAAGCACAACGGUAGAGAUGUGCGGGAAAGUUUAUCGGCUAGCUCCAGUCACACUUACAGAGAAAGAACAAACCAUUCAUCAGAAAAGAAGGUCAAGGGCUUACCAAUGGAAGCGUCCAACGGUUUUUCUCAAAGAAGGAGACUCGGUACCGCCUGAUGUUGAUCCUGAUACAGUCAGAUGGAUUCCGGCCAAUCAUCCGUUUGCAACAACGGUUAGCGAUAUUGAUCAGGACCUUGCCCAGAACAAUGUCUACCAAAAGCAAGGUGUUCCUUUCCGUAUUCGAGCCGAGCAUGAAGCUAUGCAGAAAAAGCUUGAAGCUUUACAAAAUGAGGAGAAAUUGAAUAAUCUGGGUAUAGACAGUCAAAAUGCCAGAGAUUUUCAGAGGCCAUACAAGUUCUCAGCCAAGCUCGACGACGAGAACAUCCAGGAGAAUCAUACAGGCAAUUCAUCCUCUGAGGAGACGAACAAGUCCUGA